GAGUAUUGUUCGGUUCAGAGAUAUGUCCGAAGAUAAUUCUCAUAGCAGGGAAUAUGUCUUGGAAGCAGACUCCGAGCUACGUUUUGAAAUCGAGCAAAAAGAUGCCAAGGUUCUUGUUACGCUCGUCACAGGUUUUGCAGAGCUUUUUGGCACCGAACUGGUGAAAAAAAAGAAAUAUGAGUUCGGUGUUGGCGCCAAAGUGGCUAUAUUUACCUACCAAGGCUGCGUGCUGCACGUGUCAGGCAAAAUGGAUGUGUGCUAUAUCUCAAAAGAGACACCAAUGGUACAAUAUAUAAACUGCCAUGCAGCAUUGGAGCAGUUUCGCAUCGAAGCCGAAGAACGGGACAAGCGCGGCCCUGUUGUAUUGAUCGUAGGGCCUAUGGACGUUGGAAAGAGCACACUGUGCCGCAUUCUGUUAAACUAUGCAGUACGCGUAGGCAGGCGACCACUUUACGCAGAUCUUGAUGUGGGCCAAGGUGCCAUCUCCAUUUCCGGCAAUGUUGCCACUAUCCUUAUUGAACGACCAGCCAGCGUUGAGGAAGGAUUUACAAAGACAGCGCCACUAGUUUAUCAUUUUGGUCACAAGUCCCCUGGUGCUAAUAACGUGCUUUACAAUGCUGUCGUCUCGAAAAUGGCUGAAGUAACACUGCAGAGUCUGGAUGCCAAUAAACGAACCAAAAGCUCUGGGAUCAUUGUCAACACAUGUGGAUGGGUGAAGGGCUCUGGCUAUGCACAUUUGUUGCAUGCAGCACGAGCUUAUCGCGCUCGCGCCGUAUUCGUAUUGGAUCAGGAGCGUUUGUAUAAUGAUUUACUGCGCGAUGUGCCUUCAAACGUCCAUGUUGUCCUCUUGCCAAAAAGUGGCGGCGUAGUGGAACGCAGUAAAGAAUUGCGCCACGAAUCCCGCGAGCAGCGUGUCAAGGAAUAUUUUUAUGGUAAUACACGUACACCUUUCUAUCCCUUUUCGUUCGAGGUCAAAUUUCAGGACCUACGGCUGUACAAAAUUGGCGCACCACCAUUACCCGAUUCAUGUAUGCCAAUUGGUAUGAAAGCGGAAGACAACAAAAAGAAAGUUGUACCGGUUACACCCACUCCGUCGCUGCUACAUCACAUUCUUACGCUCACUUUUGCGUCUACGGACGAUGAUGUUAUUGGCACUAAUGUUGCAGGCUUCUGUUGUGUCACCGAGGUGGACAUGGAUCGACAAUCUGUUAUGCUGUUAUCGCCACAGCCACGGCCGUUGCCUCCAAAUGCAUUGCUUUUGUGGUCAGAGAUACAGUUUAUGGAUAAUCAUGCCUAAUAUUCACCUUGACAAGAUUA